AGUCAACUUACUUGACGCCAUUUUUAUAUUGUCCUUGAAAUUUUUCGCACAGCUUGUUAUGGUAACGACGUAACAUUAUUCCUGAACUAACAUCAUAACAAUUAAGUAAACGUGAAAAGUUAAACGUUGCAAGGUUAAAAAUAUUUUGUCGCAAAUGUUUGCUCGAUAACAAAGAUACAAUUCAACUAAUCACCACGAUAAGAUAACUGUGGAACUGGGUGCGACGGAAAUGUGUGAAAUGGUGAAAAUUCGUUCUAUAGGUGUUAAUGUGUAGUGUAGAAGACAUAAUUGAUUCAAACAAACACGCAUGCUUGGAUGAGACCAGGUAUCAAUUUAGUCUUACGUCUAUACCCAAUAACGUUGAACUUAUAGAGGAUCAAAUAAGGAUCGGCCACACUGCCACAGUCAGUUCCACCAUACUGAUUUCUGCAAGAUAUGGACGUAUCUACAACAGAUGCUACAUACAACGAAGUCAACAUAGAUGAAGCUAUAGAAGAUUACAGUAAAGGCAUAUCUAGGGCAGCUUAUAUAAAACUACACCGUAGCCAUAGCAACAAACUUACGAAAAACCUUAAGGAAAAAUACGAACGACAAACAUCUGAUGAAAAGAAACAGGUACAUUCAAAAAAGUUAGACAGCAAAUCCAAGAUACCUGUCCCAAAACCAAGAUUGAAAGUAAAAAACACGAACAAGUUGAAAAUCAAUCCACCAUUGCUCAAAAAAGAUGAAAACUCUAAUGAUGUUAUCAGGAAAGGCUCCUCCAGUUCUGAGGAUUAUAUUUCGAUAGUUCUGAGAUCAGAAUCCGAGGAAAGUCUGGACAAAGUUAAUAAAGAACUGAGUUUAUUCACGAUGGAUAAGAAUCCUAAGGAAAAGAAAAGGGGCAGUAGUUUUAGGAGGAUCUUUAUGGGAAAGAUUUUCUCGAAAGAUAAUAAGAAGAAAGAAGAGGAAAAGCCUGUCACAACACCUCAUAAAGAAACUGUGAGCUUAAACGACAACAUCAAAAAUGAAUCAAACGACUUCAACCGACAAACGAAUUUGCGACAUACAAUUUCCGGCAACGAUCCAAACGAGCUUCGACAAACGCGACCAAUUACAAAACAAAUGGAAGACAGAUAUGCUCAAAUGCACAUCAGAGAAUUCCACCAGAUAAAAAACAACUUCGAAAAUCACAAAGCCCCGGAAAAACCGGCUAGAUCGAACGGUCUUGGAACCAUCACUUACCGAAGAUUUGAACCUCAAUAUGGCGAUGCCAGUUCCUCAGCUAGCACUUUAACUUCUGAAGGGACAUUUGGAGAAAACGCGUCUACGAAACUUGAGCUUAAGCUUGUAAAUUCGAAUGCAAUCAUACCAAUAAAUUCUGAAAGACCAUUGCCCAAUCCGUAUCAGUUUGGUAGGAAUAGCGAAGAAAUUUACGUUCAGCAACGUAAUUCACCCGCAAGUUCCGAUUCAAAAAUGAAGAGGUCACCCUCAAUUGAAGUAAGCAAGUUGAAGCUCCCACCGAAUAGAGACGUCUCCUUACCCAGAGUGAAGUCACCCGUUUCCCACGAUUACUAUAAUACAGAUAAGGAGAUCGCUACAGAACUGUUGAAACCCAAACGAUCGCCCACACCAAACCAAAAUAUGAAGACACUGAGUCCUACUCAGAAGGCUCUUGCAUCCUCCGUGAAUUAUCCAGAGAAUAUCCGCAAUUUGAGUCCAAGUCAGCAGAAUUCGUCUUCAUCUGUAGAGUACAGAGACAACAUUUUUGAAGACAGAAGAGAUGAAUCCUUUCCACAAAACAGACAGGCAUUUUUCCCUGUUGUGAACAAAGAUGGAAUUUACGAAAAAAUGGUUAAUGAGGCUCUAAGUCCUGUCCAUGAUGAAGAAAAAAGAGGAUCAUUCUCACCAAUAUACAACAUUCAUGGAAGUAGGGCAAACCAGUCUCAAAGUCCAGUUUACAUAGAAGACAGAAGAAAUGAACCAUCUCCUAUUAUGAAGCGUUCUCCAUCCUCAGAAAAAGAAAAUAGUUAUGAAAAAAGAUUGAUUGGUCGACCUAGCCCAUCACCGAGAAUGUUUUUGCAGCAAAAUAAUCCUAGUGGAGGUGGUAGAAGUAAAUCUGAAUCCCCUUACGGUCAAGCAUCCUCAAGAUCUGCAAAUGAAAAUCAAAUUGCGAGAAAAAAUGUUAACGAAUCUUUUAGUCCAACACGGAGAAUGUUUCAGUCACUCAACAUGAAAAGAGACAGUCCGUGUGAUGAUAGAAGAAAUGAUUCUGGAACCCCUGUUUCAGCUAUGGAUCAAGAAGAGAUCUACAGAAGAAAUGCCUGUGGGUCGCUCAACAGAAACAGAAAUUGUCCAGGUGAUAUUAGACGAAAUAACUCUGAAGCACCUGUUUCACCCACAGAUCAAGAUCAAUUUUAUAGAAACGAUGCAUACGUAUCUAUGAAUAUGCCUUCCUCCUCAAGUACAGCUCAUCAAACCUCCCUGGAUUAUCCAGAUAAUGUACAACAGAACAAUGCAAAUAGAAAUGUGGAGCCUCAAUAUUCUUCCAGGUUUCAAAACAGACAAAAUCAAAGUAUCUCAAGAAACGAGUCCCCUCAGUAUUCUUCUAGGUUGCAAAACAAAGAUAAGUUCAAUAUGGAUAGAGAUGAGGGGAAUUCAAGUCCAGCUGAUAGUCAAAGAUCUUCCCGAUGUUCUGAAAAUCAAAGUGUUUCGAGAGCUUCUGAUCAGGAUUUGUGGAAAACGAGGCAAAAUUCCGACUAUGCAGCGUUCCAUUCCCCUGGCAGCUACCAUAGUUCUCCAUCCUCAGACCAGGUGAAGCAAACAGUUGGAAGACUAGAGACCACAGAAAACAAUAUACAAAAUCUCAAAACGAUUCCUACAGGUCCUACAAAAAGGAAUUCAGUGAAUAUGAACCAAAAUAUACCAAAAUACCUAUCAGAAACAGAACAGUAUGUACCUGUCAAUCAAAGCAUACCUCGUAGUCCAGAUCAUAUGGCGAAUCAUCCAAGCUCAAAUUCUCGAAUGAACUCUGAUUUUCAUCGAAAUACCCAAAAUUCAUCCAAUCAAAGAUCAGUGCAUUUACUCGAAGACCAAGGUGUGAGACCCAAUAUGAAUCCGAAUGAACUCCGGCAUACAUUUGAUAAUAACCAAAAUAGAUAUAUGCAAUCUGAACAGGCAAUGUCAGUUGAAACUAGGCAAAAUCGAGGAAUGUAUCCACCUCAAAAUAUAAACCACAACCUCCAGCACCAUAGAAAUAUCGCGCCUCAAAACAUGAGGCAUAGCACUCAACCUUGGGAGCAUCAGCUGAUCAGAAACAUCCCUCCUCCACCUAGACCUCAAAGGCAAGUUUUUUUCCCACCAGAAUCACCAAAUUACGGCGUUUACAAAAAUGUCCCACCACCUGUUAAUUUGGUCAGAAGCAGCACCCCAACUAACUUGAAUCCAUCUCCUUCGAAACCAAUUUCCCCUCAGAAAGAGGACUUGAGGAGGAGUGUAGAGGCUUACUAUUGGAAAGAAAUCAAGAAACUGAAAGAGCAGGAGAACCUAGAGUUGUCUUACUACCAAAUGAAUAUGGUGCCAUACAUGGCGUAUGCUGAAGAUCCUGGGAGUCUAAGAAGAUCUAGGAGUUCGUUGCCUAGCGAGAGAAAUAGUAGAAGAAGCCUGAGUUUGCCUAGAAAUGUACCUAAUAAUGAUAAUAGCAAUGAACCUGUGAUGAUAAGGCAGCAUCCGGUACCCAGACCAGUGAUAUACCAAAACGACCCAAUUUAUGGACAACAGUUCAAGCGGAAUACUCCAGAAAGGAGGACUGUAGAUGGUUCCAAUAGAACAAACUCUAUCUACAGACCAAUUUUCAAAAGAGGCAGCUUGACCACACCAGUGAAACAACAGGACGAUCCUCAGUACAAGAAAGUCAGUUUCCGGCAUUUUAAGGAAAAUCUGCCUAGGAGACAGAAUGAACACAUAAAUUCUAGGAUAAGAAGUAAUAAUGUACAACAACCCGUGAGAUAUUCAAUGAACAUGGGUGAAGGUGUAUAUGGUAACCCCAAUGAAAUAUAUCCAAGAUAUGUGCCGCAGGUACAACAAAACAGAUAUCCGAAUAUACCAGAGCAAGAAAUACAACAUGUAGUACCAAGAGGUGUAACGCGCCAUGGCUCCAUACAAUUACAAGAAGGCAUCUACGAUAGGAGACCUCCAGUGGCCAGAAAACCAUCAGUCGAAGGCAACUUUACAAGGCGAGGUGCAGAUUUGCCCAAACGAGAAAUUAUAAUGGGAGAUAAUGAGAUCUUUGGCCAGUUUGGAGGAUACUUACCGAAUGAAGAGCCUAUGUAUGGUAGUAAUAUGAUGUCUGCUCAAGAAUCUAUUUAUGGUCAGUGCAGGGGACCAAAACAAAUAAUUGUUAGCGAUAAAGUAUGUGAUAUGUAUGGACAGAUUCACGACAGGAAUAGUCCCACUGUGGUAAGGAAAUCUGGUGUUAUGAUGGGUCGGCUGCAGCAGCAGGCACCUCAAGCACCAAUACAUCAGUCGCAAGAAACUCCAGAGUUCCUCCAAAGAAACUCUAGGUUGACAUCUAGCGCCACUGAUAUACGUAGUGGAAGAAUUCAAAAUAUGCCACAGCAAAAUCCUCAUCCGAUGUACCAAGAGGGCAUCUACAGUGAAUAUCCCCCUUCAAGACCUUUACCUCCAGUUCCUAAUAACCAGAAAGAAUCUUCGAAGCCAGAAACUUCCAAAGGUGCAAAAGAACAUAGAAGGCGGAGUGGUAGCACCAGUAGUGUCAAAACUAAGAAAAAAGGGUUCUUUGGUGAGUGAAGCUACUCAUCGGGUGCAGCCAUAUAACUAACCAUUAGUACUUAUUUCUUCAUUUGCCAUCGUUUUAAUAGAUAUGGUUGGGUAAGCAGGAAUACACGCUAAAGUAUCUAAAAAUGGGAUCCUUAGGGACUAAGUAUCUUUUUGCAUUUCUGUACUUAUAGCUUAACUAUUCGACUAGAAGAGCAUGUGGUCCAAAAUGAUUUAAUGGAAUCAGGUGCUACUUUUCAACGUCGAGACAUAUCUAUAAGCAGUUGACUGAUCCAAAAUUCCGCUCUAGAUGUUGUGGCAGUAUCGAAUUUGAUGUUAGCAGUAUUUUACUACUUCGUAGUACUCUUUCCAUUAUAGUAUUCUUCAAUGCCCCACAAUUCUGCCAAAUUAUCUUUAAGUAUUUAUUAUAUUAUAUAUUCUUAUUGUCAAGUUUUGCAUUAUACUAAAUUCGUUCCUGUCACGGUCGGGUGGUUAUAUCACUGUGUGUCCUAAUUCGAAAUCUGAAUUUCUCGGUCUAUUGCCACUUUUGUGAUGGAAUGUGCCACUACUGUUUCACUAUUAGCAUUGAUUAACGUAUUCUACUAGAAGUUAGCCAAAUUAAUGCUAUAUUCCCGCGUCCAAAAUAAAAUGAGAUACCGAAAGGCGAUCUAAAUAUAAGAAUCCGUUACAGCUGUUUCUCUAUUUACUACAUAGAAGGUUAGUGUCUCACAGAUGUUUUUUAUACUCCGGCUACCACGAAGGCCUAAGGCCUAAACACUCAUGGGGUACCGUGGAGCUAUAGGGGGAUACAGGGGAAAGGGGUGGGGGGCACACGGACUCUAGCGAGGGAACACGUGUGCAUGCAGCAUGCACAGAUUCUGGCCACCCAUACGGACAAUCACGACAUCCAUAGCCAAGAGAAAUAUUUCUCUUGGGAUGGGAUUCGAACCUUCGCAGCGCUCGGCGACUGAUCAGAAGACGAAGCGUCUACCUCUGCGGCCACCGCUGCUGGGGCUGCCUAUAUGCUUGUAUAUGUUCAUAUAAUUGGCUACAUCGCCAUCUAUGAGACACCUUUUCAGAGUUCCGAAGUAUAUAUUAAUAGAGAAACAGCUGUGACAAAUUCUCAUAGAUGAUGCUAGGGUAACUCAUUUUAUUUCGAAUAUAUUUUGCACGCGGGGGUAUAGCAUUAGGUUGGGUAUCUUCAAGUCAAAUAUGUUAAUCAAUACUAUUAGCUCCACCAGACGGUGACCUAGAUGGUGUGUUCGAGGAAGAGUACUAAAGUUUUCGGCUCCAGUAAUCCCCAGUUUUAACACGGUUACAGUAUUCCAUUCUACUUCAGGAAACAAAAAUUUGGAAUCACUUGUUUAAUAUACUUUCUGCAGAAGCUUAAAUCUAUAUUUUCAACCUAUAUUUCAUAUAUUCUUCCUCGGAUGCUACAAUCUAGAAUUGAAGGUUGCUUUUGUAUAUAAAUAUUUGUAAAAAAUAUAUUUUCUAUAUUAUUGUGUACAAUAAAAUUUUAUAAUAAGACACUAACUUACGUACUUAUAUGUAAAGUGCCUCUGUAAUAAACUGUACUCUCGCUUAAAACUGAGUUUUAUUGACAACUUAUUAUUCCAAUAACAUCUUCAAUUCUGGAUUGAUCACCGUCAUUUUCAUCAAAACAUGUACUGUGAAGGAUGAGCGAAAUUAGCCCGGAAUCAGUCCGAUCCAGAGCUUUGCUGCUGACAGCACUUUACAGGUAGGCAUUCCGAGUGUUUCUGCCAAUGAGAUGAAGAGAAGAAGACUAGUAGCGACUUCCACUCACGAGAGAUCAGGAAGUUAUCACGGCUGGGGUACCUAACAAUUUGAUGCAGUUUAAUGCUUCCAAGACACACAUUAAUAGGAAACGUACUUCCCGUUGCGAUACAUGACUAUGUAUAGUCUGCUGGGAAACAGUUGGGUUAUAUUUGUUUAGCCGCAAGAACUGCUCACAUAUUUGGGGCGCUACUGCUCGGGCUACACUUUCCAUACUCUCGAUGCUGUUCGACGACCAGGCUGUCUUCUACCACUAUACCAAAUUACUGUUUUUCUCAGCUUUCCCAUAUGAUGUUGCGGCGUUUUGAGCCUAGCAGACGUACCCACCAGGCUACUGCCUCCAAUUCUGACUCUAACUUUGUACAUCCAAGACUGUACCAAUUUUUCGUUCGUAGCAAGUCGAAAUAGAGGCUUUUCCAGUUCUUGUUCUACUAACAUUAUGCAGUUCAAAAAUCGGAAUAAGAAGGCAUCUUUAAUUUAAGCCCCUUAUAGGGAGUUGCGAAUCCUCUGUAAUUAGGUUUCGGCAUACGCCGGAUAAAUAUAUAAAAAAAAAGAAAUUACAGUAAUCGUAAAAGUUUGAGACAAUAUGUACGUAAAUCAAUACAUAAUAUGCUUUAAGCCGAUUUCUCAUAAAUGUUAGAACUAAUUUGACCGGCUUAUUUGCUUAUUUCAGUCACAUGAAAUGCUAUUUCAAAACUUCUAGCAAAAAGAGAGCCUGUGAGCAUUGUUUACCUAGAAAAAGUAAGUAAUUUGGGAAGCUAAGAUGGUUAAUCGGUGCGGAGAUUUUUUGGUUUGCAAGUAGUGGAGAGCAUCAAUGUUGCUGAAGAAUGAAGGCUUUCACGGCUUCUUCUAAUGUCAUUUAGGUUUUUCCGGGGUCGGGUUGGAUUUUCUCCAGACCUUUCAGCUACAUCUGCUGUUGCUGUUAAUCCCGCAGAUAUUCGUAAAACAAAUUUUAUCUUCGAUGUUGUUCCCUCGAGUCCACCCUCCCUCCUCCCGGAUAUUCCGAGAGUGGAGUGAGUUUACGUCCGAAAUUGUUAGUACUCGAGGGAUAUCUAUCAUCAUUAAUUUCUUUGUUGAUACACUAUACUAAGUGUG